AUACAUAAUCAGGAAAAAUGCACCUUCGAUCGGUUUUAUUCUUUUUGCUUUGGGCAGCUUUGGGACUCGUCUCGGCCAAGUAUCGGAGAUUUCAGAGAUACGCCGACAAGCCCUUCGCAUGCAACAAUGAAUUCCCGCAGGGAUAUUGCGGCAAGCCAGCGGGAAAUCAUCUCUAUUACAUGUUCGAAGCUUUUCAUGGAUCUGGAAACCACCUCAACUGUAACGGUUUGCAAAUGAAGAGCACCUGGUGCUGCAACAAUCUUCCCAUCAUGCCGGAUCAUCUCGCUUCAACCCGUUACAUUUUCGUCGGCAAAGACAAAGUGUGUCAAUGGGGAAACCAAAUAUAA